AUGAACCGUCGUGAACGACGAUCACGUUUCGACCAGAAAGCAGUAAGCGGAAGACAACAGCCCGAAAAUGAUUACGAUGAUAUAUAUCACGCUCGUCCAGAUGAUGAUGAACCAUCUUAUUUCGUUUACGAUGAAGAAGAAUAUGGUAUCGAUCGAGAUGAGCAAGAGAGGAUUGAAGAGCCAGAAAUGUUUGAUGACGCUAGCUUAAUUCCAACAGCACCAUACUACGACUUGCCAGCUGGUAUGAUGAUGCCACUGAUUGACAUGGAAGAUGUUCUGGUACGUUUUUAUACAUGA